AUGAACAAUGCUGGGCACAUAUCCACGGCGGAUGGCGUCGAAACGGUCUAUCGCAUCGGCGAACUGGCGGCCGAGUUCGAUGUCACGCUGCGCGCAUUGCGCUUUUAUGAAGACAAGAACCUUCUGCAACCGCGCCGCAUCGGCAAUACGCGGUUGUACUCACGCCGCGACAGGGCGCGGCUGGCGCUGAUCCUGAAGGGCAAGCGUCUGGGCUUUUCGCUGCAGGACAUUGCGGAAAUGUUGGCGCUCUACAACCCGUCGGACGGCAACCGCCGACAGUUGCGGUUCGCGGCCGAAAAGGGGCGAGAGCAGCUGGAGCGCCUGCACCGUGAGCGCGCAGGCAUCGAUACGGCGAUCGGCGAACUCCAAUCGGCCAUGAGCGAUAUCGCGCAGCGAUUGUCGGCCGCUGACACGCGCUGA